AUGGAGCCUUCCGCAGGGAAGCUUAGCUUUCUCAGAAACGUUGUCGUACGGUUACUCCUCUUCGGUCUUUUCAUCGUAAUCGUACGGUUCGCUUACGUCAUUACCCUGGCCGGCGAGUCCUGCACUAUCGGCGACUUUUGUUUCUUUUCCCCGUCGCUGAAUCUCGCCGUCCCUGGAACCAGAUCCGCUGCUCUUGCCGUCCGCGCCGCCGCUUCCAGCGGCAGCGCGGCGGUACCGGAACGCUACGCAAGCAAGGACUGGAUAAAUGGCGUUCGGUUCUACUCGUCGUAUUUCCAGGACCUCAUCGCCGGCGGUUUCCUCUCUCCGGCGGCGAAGUCGCUCUGUGUGGAGACGCCCACCGGCCGCGAUGUCCUCGGGCUCCGCGAAAUCGGCGUGACGGACGCCGUCGGGAUUUCGAGAAAGGCGUCGCGGCCGCUGGUGAUGUCCGGCGAGGGUACACGUAUUCCGUUCGCGAACGGGACGUUCGACUUCGUGUUCGCUGGCGAAGGUGCGCUCGAGAGAUCGCCGUUGCCGGCGGAGUUCGCGGCGGAAAUUGCUCGGACGCUCAAACCCGAAGGGUUUGCCGCGUUCCAUGUAAAGGCCAAUGACACUUACAGUUUUAAUUCAUUCGUUGAUUUGUUCAAUUUUUGUUGCAAUGUGGUGAAAAUAAACGACGUAAUAGGAUUUGAUUCAUCGAUGUCUCAUGUAAGAGAAAUAGUUGUGAAGAAAGAGCGUUAUGGGAUUUAUUCCCAUUCCAAUUCCAUCUCCAAUGGAAAAUGCUCUGUUCCAGAGUACAAGAGAAAGUUGGUUCGAAACGCUGAGGCGUUAAUUGAAGAGGAGCCACUGAAGCCAUGGAUCACUCUGAAGAAAAACGUGAAGAACAUAAGGUAUCUUUCUUCAAUGGUUGAUAUAAGCUUUAAGGAUAGGUACGUGUAUGUUGAUGUUGGGGCUAGAAGCUAUGGUUCUAGUAUUGCAAGCUGGUUCAGGAAACAGUACCCGAAACAGAACAAGACCUUUCAUGUCUAUGCAAUUGAGGCCGACAAAACGUUUCAUCAGGAGUAUGGUUUGAAAAAAGGGGUUACUCUAUUGCCUUAUGCUGCAUGGGUGAGGAAUGAGAGUUUGGUGUUUGAGAUUAACCAUGGCCCAGGGGAGAAGGUUCAGGGUAAGGGCAGGGGCAUGGGGAGGAUUCAACCAAUGCAGUCUUCGGGUGGUUUUGAUGGUGUUGAGGUUGAGAAGAUUCCCGGGUUUGAUUUUGCUGACUGGUUGAAGAACACGGUUUCGAAAAACGAUUUUGUUGUGAUGAAGAUGGAUGUGGAGGGUACAGAGUUUGAUUUGAUUCCCAGAUUGUUUGAAACUGGGGCUAUAUGUUUGGUGGAUGAGAUUUUUCUUGAGUGCCAUUACAAUAGAUGGCAGAGGUGUUGCCCUGGACAGAGGAGUCCCAAGUAUGAGAAAACUUAUGAUCAGUGCUUGCAGCUCUUCACUUCUCUUAGACAGAGUGGAGUUCUUGUUCAUCAAUGGUUUUAA